AUGGCCGUAGCGUCUACCGCCCGUGAGCAUGCCUAUCUGUCAUGGAUCAACUCAAAGAUCUCCGCCGUCUGCCCUGGCAUGAAGCUGAACUCGCUGGAUGACGAGGCAAUGAGAAACGGCACUGCACUGGCCGAACUCAUCGAUGCUGCCUGACUCUGGCUGUACAUGCAGUCGCCUGUCACAAUUACCGGCCAAUUGUCUCCGCAUUUGGUGCGCGGGUGCAAUUCCACGCAUCGCGCAGCACAAGACCGGAUUAAACUUCGAAGUAGCCUUGGCAGGCGAGGUUGCUUCUUUCUCACGGGCCUAAUCAACGCCUCCUGCGAAAACCCGGUCAUUGCCUUUUCCAACCCCGAGAAGGACCAUGCUCCGAUCAUUUUGGACACCGAGGCGUCAAGCAGGGCAAUCGGAGCGGUACCUUCGCAGAUCCAACCUGAUGCUUUCGAACACCCAGUAGCAUUUGGCAGCAGAGCCGUGUCGAAGGCUGAGCGCCUAAAAGUCUUCCUCAGACUGCUGCAAACACUAUCUUUUAGUGCAAUCAAGGUGUCCAACGUUAGGGAAAUCUUGAGACACCUCAAAGAACUCAACGUUCCCGUCGCCUCGAUCAAUCCUGAGGACAUUGUCAAUGGCAACAAGAGCAGCAUCAUGCGACUGCUCCUGGCCAUCUCCGCCGCCUUCAUGCCGAGCCACAUCCACGACGUGAAGCACGAAAUUCGAGACCGACACUCUGUCUUCGGCGGUCAACGAGUUUGGCAUCACAUCACCAAUAUUGGUCCCGAGGUAGCUGCCCCAGAAAGACGCCUAUUCCCCACAACAUAUCGCAUCCAGCCUAUAACAAUCCAUCGACUAGUUCCUACUGUGCGGCCGCCCCUCCUACACGUCUCCGCAGCGCCUGCAGCCAAUCACCUUCAACACUAUCAGACGCAUCAUCUUCAUCAUCAACAACAUCAACAGCAACUCAAAAAUGCGACCACUUCCUUCUCCCUGGCUCGACGACUUUCGAGUCACAUUUACAAUCGUCAUGCGCCGGGUGUAGAUGGCCACAAGAAGACGGCAGCGCAGCAGCAGCGAUCGUGCGAGAACCUGGUGCUGACCGAGGAACAGCCAUCGCCCAUCCGCGCCUCCAAGUCGCUCUCAGCUCUGCACGGCCGCACCUUCGUCUCCAAGUUGGUGAUUCCACACCUGCGAAACGGACGCGCCUCGUCCCGAUCAAACAAGGACGAGUCUGCACGUUUGUUUUACUGCUCUGUGAUCACAUGCGUUCUGGUUCGUGCAAUGUCCAUCUGGCUUAAUUCCUGUUUCACCACGCAUUUCCCCAAAAACGCGCACGAGAGUUUGCCUACAGAGGAGGUAUUUGAGUAUUCCUCGGGCGUGUUGUACUGCCAUCACACCAACCAUGAAAGCCAAGCAGUGGUGGCUGCCAAGUCAGCCCCGCUUGACCGAGUCAGGAGUUACUGGAAUAAACAGUCACCGUUCAAAUGGUCGCGAUUGGACGGCGAGAAAGUGUCCAUCUGGACAAGAAUUUCACGCCUCCUCACCCCGGGAAAACCGCCGUCUGCUCAAAAAUCUAUCGUCUCGAAGUCCGUCUCGGCUACGCGAGGCCGUUUAAACAGAGGCACCUCCGAUGGCUACGUCAAUCACGGCUUCUCCGAUUCACCAGGCAUAGCCGGAGCGCCGACCAGCAGCAGCGGACCGCCGCUGGCUCAGAUGGCCAAACUCCGCUUCGAUCUGGCCGGCGUUAAGUCCGAACUCCUCCAACUGCAGGAGCUGCUUUCUACAAAUCCGCCGAGCGAGACUGCAAUUCCCCAAGUGGCCUCCGACUACACUCUUUCUGGUACCCUUGAGUCGCAGUGCCCAGUGAACACAAAGACCCAUCGGCAGAGAACCAACUCAUCCGACGAGAUCACAGCUUCGAGGGCGUUUCCAAGCUCCGCUGAAAGUUUGCACGAAUUACUGAAAGUCCGAACUGACACAAUGGAGGCUUGUUUGAUUCAUUUUGAGCAGGUGGACAACGCCGAACUCCGUCAGGUCGUCGGAGAACUCUCGUCUACCUUAAAGCGGCUCCAACUAGAGAACAGUUGCCUCAGGCAACGACUCCAUUCGAUCGCCGCCAUCCAGAAUGGUUACCAAGCCCCCACCUCGUCCUCCACUGCCCUAAUGAACGGUCAACCAAUGCGUCUGCGGACGUGGAGCUUCAGCUCCGACAGCAUACCCAACACCCCCUGCAGUACCUCCCUGGAGAUACAGCAGGCCCAAGGUGGUGGCCACUUUAGGCUUCUCAACGGGCAGAACUACUCCACUUUGUCCUGA